AUGGACGAGGAGGAGGAGGAGGACGGCGAGGAGGAGCCCAAAUCCCAGCAGCCCCGACCCCCUCGAGUCCCCACCAGCUGGGCCGGACGCGAGCAUCAUGGGAGCAGCGCAGGGACCGAGAUGAAGAGAUCCACGCCUGGAGGCGGAGCCGCGUCCAUUGCGCGCAAGAAGUCCGACAGCCACGAGCUGUGGCUCCUGCCAGACCAGGACUGCGCACCUGUCGGCGGCGCAGCCUCUGCUCUGUUGUGCCGGGGGAAUGCCGCUGCCGGACGGGACGCAGUAGUCCCACAGGCCGUAGCACCGGGAGCCACCGGCAUGAUAUGCAACAAAAACGGAGAUUGCAUCCGGGACCCGACUAGUUCAGGGAGCCUCUCCUCGCUCCUCUCCAGGCAGGAGAAGCAGGCUGCCGAAGACGGGAAGCUGCAGGCGGCGAGCAUGGACGGCUCCAUCACUUCAGCGGGGCCCCUGCACGCACAUGGGCCCGGCGCCGAGGUCCGGAUGAUCGAGAAGAAGGACUCCAGAGUUUCCUUCUCCAACGCGCCGACGAGCAAAGGACAGACUCCGAGUCAGCACUCCAGGAAUUCUGUCACCUUCACCAAAGCGGAGGACGGCUCUCUGAUCGUGCCGGAUGACGGAGACUCCCGGGGAAACCCGACGUCCAUGCAGCGGCAGUUCAGCUCCUUGCUUCAGCCCGGGGUGAACAAGUUCUCCCUGCGCAUGUUCGGCAGCCAGAAGGCGGUGGAGAAGGAGCAAGAGCGCGUGAAGUCUGCGGGGAAAUGGAUUAUCCACCCGUACAGCGACUUCAGGUUCUACUGGGACUUCACCAUGCUGAUGUUCAUGGUGGGCAACCUGAUCAUCAUCCCCGUGGGCAUCACCUUCUUCAAGGAGGAGACCUCCACGCCGUGGAUCAUCUUCAACGUGGUGUCCGACACCUUCUUCCUCAUGGACCUGGUGCUGAACUUCCGGACGGGCAUCGUGUUCGAGGACAACACGGAGAUCAUCCUGGACCCCAAGAAGAUCCAGAAGAAGUACCUGCAGAGCUGGUUCGUGGUGGACUUUGUGUCCUCCAUCCCCGUGGAUUACAUCUUCCUCAUCGUGGAGAGGGGCCUGGACUCCGAGAUGUACAAGACGGCCCGGGCGCUGCGCAUCGUCCGCUUCACCAAGAUCCUCAGCCUGCUGCGGCUGCUGAGGCUGUCCAGGCUCAUCCGCUACAUCCACCAGUGGGAGGAGAUCUUCCACAUGACCUAUGACCUGGCCAGCGCUGUGAUGCGAAUAUUCAACCUGAUCGGGAUGAUGCUGCUGCUGUGCCACUGGGACGGCUGCCUCCAGUUCCUGGUGCCCAUGCUGCAGGACUUUCCGUCCGACUGCUGGGUCUCCCUCAACAAGAUGGUGAACGACUCGUGGACCGAGCUCUACUCCUUCGCCCUCUUUAAGGCCAUGAGUCACAUGCUGUGCAUCGGAUACGGACGCCAGGCGCCGGAGAGCAUGUCGGACAUCUGGCUGACCAUGCUCAGCAUGAUCGUCGGGGCCACCUGCUACGCCAUGUUCAUCGGACACGCCACCGCACUCAUCCAGUCGCUGGACUCGUCCCGGAGGCAGUACCAGGAAAAGUACAAACAAGUGGAGCAGUACAUGUCGUUCCACAAACUCCCGGCAGACUUCCGACAGAAGAUCCACGACUACUACGAGCACCGGUACCAGGGCAAGAUGUUCGAUGAGGAGAGCAUCCUGGAGGAGCUCAACGAGCCUCUGCGCGAGGAAAUCGUCAACUUCAACUGCCGUAAGCUGGUGGCCACCAUGCCGCUGUUCGCCAACGCCGAUCCCAACUUCGUGACCGCCAUGCUCACCAAGCUGCGGUUCGAGGUGUUCCAGCCGGCCGAUUACAUCAUCAGGGAGGGAACCAUCGGCAAGAAGAUGUACUUCAUCCAGCACGGCGUGGUCAGCGUGCUCACCAAGGGCAGCCUGGGCAUGAAGCUCAUGGACGGGUCCUACUUCGGAGAGAUCUGUCUGCUGACCCGCGGCCGGCGGACGGCCAGCGUGCGGGCCGACACGUACUGCCGCCUGUACUCGCUCUCCGUGGACAACUUCAACGAGGUGCUGGAGGAGUACCCGAUGAUGAGGAGGGCCUUCGAGACGGUCGCCAUCGACCGACUGGACAGGAUCGGCAAGAAGAACUCCAUCCUGAUGCACAACGUCCAGCGCGACCUGAACUCGGGGGCGUUGAACAACCAGGAGAACGAGAUGAUCCAGGAGAUCGUGAAGUACGACCGCGAGAUGGUUCAGCAGGUCCACGUGGCGCCGUGGCCGCGCGCCCUGUCCACGCCGCCGCCGCCGUUCCUCCACGACGGGCUCUUCCACUCGCCGGCCCACGGCCAGAGUUCGGCGAUCGGCACGCUGCAGCAGGCCGUCGCCAUGACCUUCUGCGCGCCCCUGCAGGGGAACUCGGCGGCGGCGGCGGCGAGCCUGCUGCCGUCGCCCCGGGUGGUGCGGCGGUUCCAGGUGACGGAGAGCGUGAGCGACGGCUCCGUCGCCACCUCUCCGACGCUGUCUCAGUUCCUCGCUUACGGCGCCGCCUUCGCCGGCCCUCCAGCAAAGAGUCCGCUGGCGUUCGGGGGCCGGUCGUUCCAGUCCGGGUCCGGCGCCCUCUCCGACCCCGCCUCCGGCUCCCAGCUCUCUCUCGGCCAGCAGCAGCACGCCGCCGGCCCGGCGCUCCGGCCCGGCGCGCACAAGAGCACUCUCUCCUUGCAGAUGGGCGGUCUGAACCAAGACGCCAGGGCGCUGUCGGCCUCUCAGCCCUCGCUGCCUCACGAGGGGGGGGCGGCGCCGCCGGGGGCCCCGAGUCCCCCUCAGCCCACCAGAGUCUCCUCCGCUUCCAUCGGACCCCCUCAGACCCCGUCGGGUCACCCCCGGAGCGCUCUGCCGCAGAGGGCGGUGCUGCCCCAUCAGAUGUCCGUGGGGGCCUACCCCGUCGGGUCCCUGCCGGGGUCUGUGCAGAGCUUUGGGGCCGGGGCGGGGGGGCUGGGGGCGGGAACAGGUCUGGGGGACUCGGGACUCCCCAAGAAAGACUCCAUCGUGAGCCUCCCGGACACGGACCUCAUCGUAAUCAGAUCCAGGCUGUCCUCAAACUUGUGA